CAUGUGUCGGUGACGUUGAGUAAAAUGACCCAGGAAGUUUGACUGCUUCCGGGGCACACAGAAAAUAAACGUUUAGCUUAAUGCUACUUUGCCUGAAGCUAAUGAAAUGCACAUAUUUCAGGCGUGAGCAAUGAGAAAAGGCAUACGUUCUGUCUUAAACUCGUAUUUUUAAGCUUUCCUGCUGCUGCCUACGCACACUGAGAAACAUGAGCGAUCCACGCACCCCAGGAAUGUCCUCCGUCCCCCAGGCAGCCCCGGUGCACACUGACUCCACGUCUCCGGCAGUAGAGAUGGACCCCGUGGAGUACACCCUGAGGAAGCGCCUCCCCCGGAAGCUCCCAAAGAGACGGAACGACGUCUACGUCAACAUGAAGACUGAUUUCCGGGCUCAGCUGGCACGCUGUCAGAAGCUGCUGGAAGGCGGGGCUCACAGGGAGAUCUGUGUCCACGGCCUGGGCCUGGCCAUCAACAGAGCCAUCAACAUUGCCCUCCAGCUGCAGGCCAGCAGCCAGGGGGUGCUGCAGCUGGCAGCCAACACCUCCACCGUGGAGCUGGUGGACGACCUGGAGCCUGAAGAUCCAGACGAGGCCGGCGAGCACCUAACGCGUACACGCAACAACUCAGCCAUUCAUAUCAAGGUUUUCUACCCUGACCCCCAGUGACCGGAGUAGAGGUGUGCUAUUUGUUCCCUCAUAAACCAGUAGAGAGAUAUAACACUGUUGUCUGUGUGUGGAGAUAUUUGAGGACAGCAGCAGAGGACUGCAGAAUGGAGCAGGAUGCUCCGAUUGGGACAACUUUAGUUGACUAAAUACAUUAAGCUCUUGUCAAUUGCAAAUUGUUGUUGUUUUUUAAUUUACUUUGCAUGUAUUGAGGCAGCAAUGGUGAUUACCACCUCAAUUUAAUGUAAUACUUGUAGAUAUAGCUCUGCCAAAUGUACAAGUGUCUUUAAUUUCAAGGUCAAAUUAAGGGUCUAUAAAAGGGUUUACAGUUCCAUGUCUUUAUGUUUAAAAGAUACAAAUACUUAGAAAACCUGAGAAAUCCUGAGUUUAAAGUAGGUGUUGUUGCAAUUCAUGUCCACUAGAUGUCAGUAGUCUAUUUAAAUGUCAUAUUAUUGAACUGCAGGUGGUGUCCAUGUUCAGAAUGAAUAGGUAAAGGACAGUUUACAGUAUGUGAAAUGUGUUUGAUUUCUUGAAAAAUAAUAUAACUCGCUGAAUGUUAUCUUUAACCCUCUGUGGGUCAGGA